AUGACAAAGAGUCUCGAGAGGAAAGAUGGUGGGCCAAGAGUGGAGGAGGGUAAAAUUGAAAUGAAUUAUACCACUGUAAUGAGCUUCGAGACUCAUAGUGGACAGACAUUUCCUGCAGGUAAUCUGGUGUAUUCUGGUGUUGGUCUGGUUCUUAUAAGUAAUCUGGUGUAUUCUGGUGUUGGUCUGGUUCUGGUUCUUCUUCUUCUGGGUCUGCUGCUCCUCAUACUCAUCAGAAAGAGAAGAGACAGAGAGAAGAGAACCACAGCUACCAAACACCCUGCCAGAUCAUUGGUUCCCAGCUCUUCAACAACCAACCAGGACCCAGACACAGUCACCAUCACCAACCACACAGAUAAGUCAGACAUCAGCUGGAAGGUUCAUCUACAGAAGGAUCGGCUUCGCAUGUGUAUAAACCGCUUCAUAAGUUCUGUCCUUGGGAGGGGGAAUAUUGCAUCCCGGCCCGGCAUCCCCACGCUACGCCAGCGGGGAGAGAGGAUGUGGAGACAUAGAGCGACAGAGACUCUGUGUCCAGCUGGGUCAGAGCUUCUGACAGUGACUGGAGUUGUAGGAGGACGGGUGGUGAUUAAAUGUUCCUUCAACUCAUUAGACAACCACAUCAAGUAUUUCUGCAAGCGCCUCUGCUUAACUGAAUCAGAUGUUAUCAUUAAGACAAGGGUCAGAAAGAAUUAUUUUGAAGGAAGAUACAGUAUAAAUGACUUUGGAAAUGGAUACUUCAAUGUGACCAUCAAGGACCUGGAGAGGUCAGACUAUGGGACAUACUGGUGUGGAGUGGAAAGAGAUGGAGUAGACUCAUACCAAAAGGUGUAUCUCAGCGUUGAGGAAGCUCCAACCACUCCACCUGACAUCACCAGGACCAGUAUCCGCCCCCCUGUUACAGUCAGCAGGACAACUGAUGUCAUAUCAACAGAGGUGGGAAAAGCAACACUAACGACACCAACCGUGACUAAAGGAAGAACAACUGAUUCAAACAUUGAUGUACUGGUUUCUAUGGGGGCUGGUCUGGUGGUCGUGGUUUGUCUGUUGGUUCUCCUUCUCCUCAUAUUCCUCAGACAAAGGAACAGAUCAAAGACACAUACAGGAUCCUGCCCUUCCAAAAGGAAAACUUCCAAUCCCAUCUACUCCACCUCAGCCAAUCAGCACUCUGAUACACAUGACAUCAACUCUAACCAUGCCACAGCAACCAAUCAGUGUCAAGAUGACAUCUACUGCAACGUUGAUUCUUCUACAGAGGCUCUGGACAGUGUGAGCUACGCUACCGUGAACUUCCCCAGAGAUCCAUCCUGUCUCCAAUAUGACAGUGUCUCCAUCAGUAAAGACUCUGAUGUCCGUAACCAACUAGACAGUGUUACAUACUCCACUUUUAAAAGACAACACUCCAACCAUGAGAUGAAACCCAAAGCAGACCGGAAACAAGAUAGGAAAUGGAAAAAAGUAAAAUGAUGCUGUUGAACUACAGACACAAAGCUGCAGUCUGUGUGACAUCAGAGGUAAUAACAAGAAGAGGUCAAGAAGGAGGAACAACUAGUAUUGAGUGUCCUUAUGACCAGGGAUGGGAGACAUAUCCAAAGUCCUUCUAUAUGGGGAUCUGGGCACACAAAGUUCCUGUCAUCCAAAGUAAUCAGCCGUCAUCAUGGACUUCUAAUGGUAGAUACUCUCUGUAUGACGACAGAGAGAGAAGAGUCAUCACUGUGAUCAUCAGUAACCUGACACUACAGGACACUGAUACAUACUGGUGUUUUAUAUACGGGUGGUAUUUUGAUCCCCACACUGAAGUAAUGUUCACUGAGCUCCUCAUCUCCUUCACCCCCAGAACUGUCCUUUCCGAGACACAUCCAUCAACAAUCAUCACCAUGGUAACAAUCAUACUCCACCACAGCAGGGGGAACCAAUGGAACUGUGUGAGUAACAGCAGGGCCUCGACCCACAGACACGCCUGGAACCCAAGGUAAUGCAGAAUAAUCUCAGUGCGACACCUGGUGACACGUAUUGAACUACAAGUACCAACCACACUAGAGCGUGGACUACAACUACCGAGGAAUCAAACCCUGAUAAACUACAUCACCUUCUGGUGGAAACAGGACAUCUCUAGGCGGUGAAGGACAUUAAAGAACUGUUAAAGGUCAUUAUGUGUUGAUGGGAAUGUGUAAAUACCUCAAGGACAAAGUACAUAUAACAUCCUCUAAAACAAUCAGGAUGGUUACUGCAUUCAGCCUCUGACCCAAAACCACACACCCCCAUAUACACCAGUAUGAAGAUGAGUGUGGUGGUCAUUAUGGUGUGUUUGAGUCUGGUAUUUGUAUUUCUAGGUACUCCAGUGGUCAUCAUGGUGUGUGAGUCUGGUAUUUGUAUUUCUAGGUACUCCAGUGGUCACCAUGGUGUGUGAGUCUGGUAUUUGUAUUUCUAGGUACUCUGGUGGUUAUCAUUAUCUGUGGGAGUCUGCCUGUGUUGGUGCUGGGACUCCUCCUGUUGCUUAUCUAGAAAUAUAGAAGAGACAGGAAAUCCAGCCCAGACACAUCAACCAAAGACUCCACCUACCAAACCCUCAACAAGGCCCCUCAAGACUCCACCUACCAAACCCUCAACAAGGCCCCUCAAGACUCCACUUAAAAGACAUAUAGUAGGACUGGAGUCUGUGUGACAUCAGAAGUAAUAACAAGAAGAGGUCAAGAAGGAGGAACUACUAGUAUUGAAUGUCUUUAUGACCAGGGAUGGGAGACAUAUACAAAGUACUUCUAUAAGGGGAUCCGGGCACACAGAGUUCCUGUCAUCCAAAGUAAUCAGCCGUCAUCAUGGACUUCUAAUGGUAGAUACUCUCUGUAUGACGACAGAGAGAGAAGAGUCUUCACUGUGAUCAUCAGUAACCUGACACUUCAGGACACUGAUACAUACUGGUGUUUCAUAGACGGGUGGGGUUUUGAUCCCAAUACUGAAGUAAAGAUCACUGUGGACAGAGCUACUCCUCCUCUUCCUCCUCCUCCUCCUCCUCUCACUCCUAAAUCUUUCUCCUUCACCUCCAGACCUCUCCUCUCUGUGACACAUCCAUCAACAAUCAUCACCAUGGUAACUGGUUCUGACUCCACUACAGGUUGUUGCUUUAACUUACCAGGAGGGCGCACCAAUGGAACAGCAGCACCUCGACCCACACACAAGUCUGGAAACCAAGGUAAUCUGGUGUAUUCUGGUGUUGGUCUGGUUCUGGUUCUGCUUCUUCUGGGUCUGCUGCUCCUCAUACUCUUCAGAAAGAGAAGAGACAGAGAGAAGAGAACCACAGCUACCAAACACCCUGCCAGAUCAUUGGUUCCCAGCUCUUCAACAACCAACCAGGACCCAGACCCAGUCACCGUCACCAACCCCACAGAAACCAAUCAGAACCCAGACACAGCUCUUAUCAUCAACAGCAUCUAUGCCACAGCAACCAGUCAGUAUCCAGAUAACAUUGACUCCAAAGUAGUUGUUUCUUCCACAGAGGCUCCAGACCGUUUGAGCUACGCUACUGUUAACUUUCCCAGAGAUCCAUCUUGUCUCCAAUAUGAUACUGUUAACUUUCCCAGAGAUCCAUCCUGUCUCCAAUAUGAUACUGUUAACUUCCCCAGAGAUCCAUCCUGUGUCCAAUAUGAUACCGUGAACUUCCCCAGAGAUCCAUCCUGUGUCCAAUAUGAUACUGUUAACAUCCCCAGAGAUCCAUCCUGUGUCCAAUAUGAUACUGUUAACUUCCCCAGAGAUCCAUCCUAUCCCCA